AUGCGUGCGAUAGUGCUAAUUUCGGUCCUGUGCACAGGACUAGCGACCGCUUUCCCCCAGCAAGCCAUAGAUCCUGCCUACCUGCGUCAGUACUACCAGCAGAUUGCGCAACAGGCCGGAGCCCAGGGUAACCUGGCCGAGCCGCGCGCCGACGCAACGCCAAUCUACGAACAGGGUGCCCAGGAGCAGCAGCACAUUCCACAGUACCUCCAGCAAGGACAACAAAUUCGUCUGCGGGAUAAUGUUCAAGAUCAGAUUCAACGGCAGUUCCAGCAGCCGCAACAACAACCGCAGCAACAGCAGGUAGUUCGGCAAUAUCAGCCGCAAUACCAACCGCAACCGCAAGUCCAGUACGUCCAGGAGCAACAGUACGCCCAGCCGAAGCAGCUGAAGGUGUCCAAACCGCGACCAGCUCAACAGUACCAAACGCUCGGUCAAGGCGGCGGCCAGCGGCAGCUCGAGGAAGAUGAGGACUUCGAUGCCAACCCAUCCUACCAGUUCGGUUUCGACGUGAAAGAUGACGAAUACACCAACUACCAGAACCGCAAGGAACAGCGCGAAGGAAACGUGAUCAAGGGCAGUUACUCGGUGGUCGAUUCCGAUGGGUUCAUUCGUACAGUUACCUAUACCGCCGAUCCGAAGGAAGGAUUCCGGGCCGAAGUGAGCCGCCAGCCGACCGACAUCGUGGUCAAGAUUCCCAAGCCAAACCCAGAGUACCAGCAGCAGCAGAUCCAGCAGCACCGUGUACAGCCCCAGCAACCGCAGAAACCCCGGCCGGACUACAGCCAAUACCAGUGA